UCUCGUGUACGCACACGUGCUGUCUUCGAGCAGAGCAUCGGAGCUGAAAAACAAAGUUUUUAUCGUGUUUUUAAGCGAAAAAAUAUCCUAAAAUCAUUUGUUGCACUAUUAAAAUGUAUAUUAAAAAGUGUUGUAGUUUCAGAAACGUGUAAAAUGAGUUGCCGAGUGCGAUAUCUCUUCUCCAAAGUUCCAGCCUCCCUCUGACAACUGGCUGGCCGACCGGCAACAACAACAAAAAACCGGAAUCGAAGAGGAAACACGGCACGGCGGGGUGAUUUUCCGGCAUUUCCUUUCGUGUCUCAAAGCCGGCCGCGAGUGCAAAGCAAGUACCACCACCGGUGAUCGUGAUUUGUGUGGCGCUUCCCCCCUGUUGGUUCACGCGGUGAAUUACGUGUUGUUUACACACAUGCCCGUCAACAUGAUGAGCAGGUUUGCGUAGUUGUUCGAAAUACCGCAAAUACCGCACACGAUCGGCGCAAGUUUAUGAUAUCGCGACACACGGUUCACGGUGUGAUUCAGUCUGUGAUAGUCUGCUUAUCGGGAUCGCCUUUGGGUCGGAAUUUUUAUGCUUCCCCUUCGUGGUAGGAUCGAUCCCCGGGUUCUUGCUUCCGCGUGACGGCACAACGAGUGCAGCGAGAGCAAACGAGAGCGACCACCGUCGGCGCAUAAGAAUUCAAUUUUUUCGAUCUAUUUUUACCAACUCAACAACACUGAGUGAAGGACCGCACCCGUACGCACCCGCAAAAACCAGAAAAGUAAGCCAGAUUCGGCCUCGAGCGGAACGAGGCCGCGUGUCAUAGGACGUGCGUAAGUGAUAAAUUUCCUCAUCGCCGCGCCGCGAGGAAACGUUCAAAAUCACAUAAAUUAGCGUGACAAGCUAUAUAAACGGUGACAAGGUGCGUGGACUUGAUUUGAGAACCGAUCGUUUCAACAAUCGUGCCCUUCACGAUGAGCACCGGUAACCGGAAGACACUGCCGAUGGGCAAGCAAUCCGAGCUGAACGAUCUGGUGGAGCUACUGGUGCCACUUGGCUUCAAAGAUGCCAGCACCCUGACGGAUCAGCUGGCGCAACACCGGGAGAUGUAUGGCGUACUCGAACGGAUCCGGCGGCUCGAAUCGGAGCUGAAGCUAAGAACGACGAACGGACGACCGAGAGCGGACAAUGUGGACCGGUUCGUGCAAUGGGCCACCAGCAACGGCUGCUACUGUAACAAGGUGCACAUCGUCGAGCAUCCGGCGUACGGUGGGCUGGGCCUUGAAUCGACCGGUCCGAUCGGUGCCGGCGAGAGCGUCAUCGAAGUGCCAAAAGCGCUGUUCUUCUACGUCAACGAUGAGCCACGGUACCGGCAAGUCCUCGACCUAAUGCCGGGAGCGAUGAUGAAGGAACAGGGCAACAUUAUGCUCGCCUUGGCUCUCAUUAUGGAGCGCUUCCGGAAGGACAGUUUCUGGCGUCCGUACCUGGACGUGCUGCCGGAACGGUACACGACGCCACUGUUCUACACGCCCGAAGAUAUGAUCGAGCUGCGGGAAACGGCAGCCCUCGAACCGGCCCUGAAGCUGUGCAAAAACAUUGCCCGCCAGUACGGAUUCAUCAAAAAGUUCGUCCAGAGCAGAGUGGACGCACUGCAGCACAACUUUACCUACGACAUUUUCCGCUGGGCCGUUUCGACCGUGAUGACCCGCCAGAACAAGGUGCCCGUCAAUCUGUCGACGUUCGAGGAGCUGGACUUUACGCUCGCCCUCAUCCCGCUCUGGGACAUGGCUAACCACAUUACGCCCGAGCAGCGGGACGGCGGCCACCGGCACAACAGCAGCAGCAGCAGCAGCCCGCUAGUGACAGAUACGGCGUACUGUUCGAAGCUCGAGAAGCUCGAGAGCAUCCUCCAGGCGGACUGCACCAAGGCCGGUGAACCAGUCUUCAUCAACUACGGCAAGCGAACCGAUGCCGAGUUUCUCGUGCACAACGGGUUUUCAUUUGCGAAAAACCCCAACACACGCAUCACGAAGCUGUUUGCGUUGAACCGUACCGACGGGCUGUACAAGAAGCGUGCCCGGUUGCUGGAGCUGCUCGGUGUCCCGACCGUUGGCAAGAUGGAGUUUGGGUACGGUGAGCACGACUCGGGAGAACUAUCGCCGCCCCUGUACGCACUUUCACGCGUAAGCGUACUGACGGAGGAUGAGCUCGAUUAUUACAUCGACACUGUUGAUGAUCCGCUGAAGCGUGCUGAAUUGUGCCAACGACGGUUUGAGCCGCCUACCGAGGCCAUACCGAGCGUGGACGACCUUCGCAAGCGACAGCGCCACUGGCUGGCGAGUGCAAUGGAAACCAUCCUUCGCCGGUACCCGACCACGGUGGAGCAGGAUGAGGCGUUACUGCACGAGAACCCACCGCACCGUUUGCAUCAUCUGCGCCGGCUGUUGAUUGAAUUCCGGCUGCACGAGAAGCGCGUUCUGCACUCGUUCAUCGAAGAUUGAGCCGUCGAGGAGGGCCAUGAAAGUAGCUACCAUGGAGACAACACACCAAACCAAGAAGGCGUGGUGGCGGUGGAAGCAGCUUCUAACACAACACAUACGGCCCUGUCGCUUUCGAGUGAAAUUUUGAUUAAGCAAAUCGCUUCUAAACCACAGCACGAACGGCAAACAAACGGUUACGAUCUCCUAGGCUAUCGGUUGCUUGAUCCAAGGUACCGAUACUUUGUGGCCCAUGCACGCUUCCAAGCGAAUUAGUAUUCCACAAUCACGCUCGCUAAACUUCCUAAUGCAAAAAGUAUCUAUCGUUUUUUUUUUCGCGCCCUAGAUGAUUUAAGCACACGCUCCACGCGUCUUUCCGCAUCACGCUUAGCGUAUAGCUUUUGUAGCUUUCCUUUACUUUACCUUUACUAAACUUUUCUUCGUAGCUUAUAUGCAAUCGCGUCCACAUUACCCUUCCCCAAAUUGUGGAUCACCGAUAAGGUUGUAUAACGAAACCAAAAUGAAACCACAAUAAACGUAUUUAUAUAUACCUACUAA